GGGGCCAUUUGGAAGUGUUCAAUCAGCAUGGAGAACGUAGCUAUCUUCCAGGAGUACAAAGCUCUGCACAUGCUGAUUGGUCUGCUGACUGAUCAGCCUGAAGAGGUCCUGGUCAAUGUAGUGGGAGCUCUGGGACAGUUUGCUCAGAUCCAAGCUAACAAGGCCGCCAUCUGCAACGGUGGGGGCAUAAGGGCUCUCAUUAAUCUGCUCAAUGGAACAAACCAGGCUCUGCUUGUAAAUGUAGCAAAGGCUGUGGGAGCUUGUGCCACAGAAAGGGACAACGUGGCAAUCAUUGACCAGCUUGAUGGAGUCCGCCUGGUUUGGUCACUACUAAAGAAUCCCAAUGCAGAAGUUCAGGCCAGUGCUGCAUGGGCCAUUUGUCCGUGCAUCGAGAAUGCAAAGGACGCCGGGGAAAUGGUUCUCUUCCUGAUCGGUGGACUGAAGCUGAUCAUUCAGUUACUGAAGUCACCAAGCAACGAGGUGCUGACAAGCAUUUGUGCCGUCAUUGCCAAGCUAGCCAAAGACAAGGAGAUCCUGGGCGUCCUCUCUGACCGCGGGGUUGUCCCCCUGCUGGCCGGGCUGACUAACACAACUGAUGACAGACUCCGCUGCCACCUGGCCGAGGCCAUCGGCCACUGCUGCAUGUGGAGCUCCAAUAGGGCAUGCUUUGGUGACCAUGGAGCCGUUGGCCUUCUGGUUUCUUACCUGGAGUCGAAUGACAAUUUGCUCCUCCUUAACACAACCAUGGCCCUGUACCAACUGUCCAAAGACCCCAACAACAUCAUCACCAUGCAUGAGGAAGGAGUCGUUGAGGUCAGUUGGGCUUCCUCUUUGACUGGAUACCUGCGUCUUCAUUAAGUCCUAAUUUGUUG